AUGGAAAAGCCGCAAGAGAUUCAGCUGGCGACCGCUACGCAGACACGCGACGCCUCCAAACUUGACUCGGUGCCAAAUUUCAAAUCUAGGUUCUCUUUUGUGAAAGUAGAGAAAUUCUUCUGGAAAUUCGUUCAAAGUCGAAGAAAAAAGGUCAGCAAAUCCUUGUCUUUGCGGCCAAGUCAAGGUAACGAUCUAAAAUCAGUAUUUGAAACAAUCGAAGAAAGCGAUGACACUUCAAGUACCCAUAUUUCUACGAAAAUUUGGGAUCGGAAGAGCCAGCCGACGUUGGAGAGUGUGGAUUGCCCAAAAAUUCAAAAACUCAUCAAUCGCGAGAAGACUGCUGGUACAGAUAUGCUCGAGCGCUUCACAUCAGAAAAGGAUCGGCGAACGAACUUCAAAUCAAAAGAAGCGCGUUGGAGGGAAUCAGAACAUGACGACGGUGGAGAUCAGAAGAUGAUACUUCAGGACAGUUUCCUGUUUUCCUUGGAUUCUGACCCAGUUACUUUUUGGAGACCUCACAGAGAUAGAUUCCCGCUUCUUCGAAGAAUCGCUCUGCAUUUCCUCUCGCCCACGCAGUCUAGUGCAAUUGUGGAAAGAUUGUUUAGUGUCUGCGGCUCCAUCGUUAACAAUAGCCGAAGAAACAGGAUGAAACCGAAGACUCUUAACCAGCAACUUCUUUGUGCGGCAUUGGCCACUUUGGAAUCUACGAAGAAAAAUACGUCGACGACUGAAGAGUACGAAUGUGACGACGAGAAUGAUGACUCAGAAGGCGAAGAAUAUUACGAAUCCAGAGAGCAUAACGAUGAUACUUUUGGAAACGAUUUGGCCCAAAUAAUGAAACAUUAA